AAUGACAGUUGCCCCAACCUUCCAGUUACAGUGCACCCGUGUCUGCUUGAUAAGUUAAGGGGCUUAUGAAGAAAGUGACCGUGAUCCAAGGGACGGAUACGGCAACCAGAGUAUAUACGAGAAACUGGCCUUGGAGCCGGGACUUGCUUUAGUAGGGCGCGACAUUAGGGACCAAGAGAUAGGUACCGGACCAGUGCCGAACAAACUGCCUGUAAGGCCAAGGUGAGAUAGGGGAGUUGAAUAAGCCGGAUUCAAAGUGUCACAGAUGGAUGACAAGAAAAACAUGGAGCGAUGCGGACAGUGAGCCCCCGGUCAGUGUGUUCCUGGCUUUCAGGAGAGUAUAGCAAGUGCUACACUUUUUCCUUUUCUAUGUACAACGUUCCAACUAUGGAGACGGCGGGAUAUAUUAUUGCCUGCCAUCACGCAAAAAAGAGCGAUCACUUGCUGCCGCCAUUCACAACCGUCUUUUCCCUCGUCACCCUCUUCUUUUCUUCUUUUGCGUCUUCUUCUGCCGAGACCUUCCCACAUCAGACGGACACAAGCAAAAAAGAAGGUACUGGGGUUUGUGCAUGUCUUUUGCUACCAUGCAUGUCAUUGUCCAUUCCCAAGAAAUACCCUGCAAAAACGCCAAUAAUUAUCCCCACAGUGGUGUUGCGCGUCCUCAAACGAGCGUUUCACACACGCACUCGAACAUGCACAUGCGCAUACACACAUCGGGUUUUAUAUAUAUCACUCUGUCCUCUCCUCUUUCGUCCACAGCAAACUACUACGUGAAUGAGUCAGGUCCCUGUGUGGGGUUCGGCAUGAAGCGAACCCUGUUCCGAUCUUCCCCGCAGCCUUUCCUUUGCACUUUUGCCAUACUCGGCUGAGUACGUUAGCCCCACACUGAUCUAGAAUUUAUGGCUGGGGACAAUUAAAGAAAAUGUGGGGUCAUGGAUGCGUCUGUCGCACACCUUGAGUGAACCGGGGAGUAUCCAGCAGUCGU